AUUACUUGUUUAGCAGUGUUUAGAGGGAGUGGAAUGCAGCACGGUGUUGAUCGAAGCACCGUGCCUGUUCUCCGAAUGCAGUAAUCUCAACAAAGGCUGUAACUUUUUUUUGGCUGUUCAAAAUUAUUUAGAUUGUAACGGUUUAUAACUACACAUAUCGAUACAAUGAAUGGUAAAUCAACGAACGGUACGUCAGGCAGCGCAUUGGCCUGCAUCGAAGGGCUACCCCCACUACCGAAGAGUCUUAGUGGCUUGCUGAAUUCAAGCGGCGGGUCUUGGAGAGAGAUGGAAAGGAUGUAUGCGAAAAAAACCAUGAUCCAAGACGAUCUGAGCCGCGGCCGCAGUAACGCCGACAGUUUGGUGGCUACUAAACCGGCUAACCUGGAUGCGGCUUUGGCGCUUCUGAGGAAAGAAAUGGUGGGGUUGCGUCAACAGGAUAUGUCAUUACUGUGUCAGCUAUGGUCCCUUCACGAGUCAAUUCAGGAGUACAAAGGCAGUUGUCAGGACCUGAAUGCGGCGUCUAGUGCAGACGGGCCUUACGGGAUGGAGAACGGCUAUUUUGACGAAGACGAUGAAUACUAUCAGGAUACCAGCAUAACCCCUACCGAAAAUCCAGAUGCAAGCGAAUCCUCCCCCCAAAAUGGCAACGCCAAGGACAAAUGGCUGCACGACUCCUUUCAUAUCACCAUCUGAGGCACCCCGGAAUAAUCUCUUUUGCUCUAACGCUCGACUCAACCCUUCUUCACUAGAGGCAAUACGCUUUUAUAAAGAGCCGUGCCAGGCAUUUGAUUUUGCUGGCUUUUAGUCAUUUUCCCAGCAGAUUUUUUUUAUAUAAAGAUACAAAUAAAAUUGCUUAUUUAUUAUUAUAUAUAAUACAUGAAACAUAUUGCAGAUUCUUUUUACAUAGAGGAUAUUGGACAUUUUAUAACCUGAAACUGGUUGUAAGGACUUAAAAAAAAAAACUUAUUUUCAUCACUCGUGUUUACAGUGAAACAACGCUGAACUCCUGGCAAACGGGUCAUUCUUGAUAAACACUUUGCAUUAUUCUAUGGUUUAAUUGUUCCUUGAUCAAGGAAGGCAGUGGUUUAUCAGUGCCCUUACUCUUGCAUUGAGGUAAUCAGCUUUGGAGAGCAAGCAUCCGUGACAUAUGUAUAAUAAUUUGACAUUAAUAUGGGGGCAUACUGCCAGACACAGGUUGAAAAUGUGAAAAGAUUAAAAAUGCUGGAAAAAUUCACUCUAUGUUGAAACUGGAAACACAGGGUAGAUAAACAUGUAUUUAUGUAGACAUCUUCAUAUUGUCAACCUUGUGCUCCCUUUCCCUCCACUGUUUAGCUGUCCUUUUAUUUUUCAGUAGUUUGUUCCGUUAAGCUCAGUAAAAGAAAGUAGUAUCUUGUUGGCAAGUUACUUGCAUCCCAUGAAUGGCAAGUACCUGUGAUGACGUUCCUGUAGUAUCCAAAACGGAUUCUGACUACGGCCGCCUCACGUUACUGUGAGUGGGUGCCGGUCGCGUAAAACCCCAAAAGCAGCUUGAAUGUGAUCCUCACUGCACAACUGAAACAAAUGGUGCUAAUGUCAUCUUCUAUAGCCAUUUGGAUCUCUCUAACAUCCCAGCAGAACCCUUAUGCACUCUUGGCAUUCAUCAGCUGCCUUCCGAGUAGCAUGGCUGCUUAAGAAAGGGAAUUUUGCAGACCGUGGGAUACAAAGGACUUCGCUUUCAAAUGCUGUUGAUUUUGAUUGUGUUGAGUGCAAACGGAUCCCCACAGCAACAAUAUAGUAAUGAGUUUGUGGCAUGCUAACCAAAGAAAUACAUUUUGUGUACUGCAAAAUAGAACACAAGAAUGAUAUUCUAUGAAACAUACUACGAUGUACAAUGAAAAUGUCCUAAAUGAUCUUUUUUGGUUGUAUUUAAACACGCAUAGCACUUGUAGUGUUGUUACGGAAAGUUGGUCUAUCUUGUAUUGCUAGUGGUUGUUUCUAUGGAUGGGGUGUGGUGUAAUAGGGAGCUGCACAUACUUUAUAGCCGGUGGUGCCAAUCAAUCACACUGCGUGUGAUGUCAAGAGAAAGGCUGGCGUACAUUCAAGAAAGGGAGGAGUAGGAGACAAGCCUCCGUGUACCCUCCCAGAAAUUCAAGUCCCAGGUGACGAUGACAUCAGGAGAAGUGUAUGUUAUUUUCUACCUCUCUCUGUGUGUAGAUAUGCACUAAAAUGCAGCAUUAACCUGUUUUUCAUGCUUCACCAUGCACACCAGUGCAAUAUGAUUCCAGUACAUUUCAAGAUGAUCAGUUCCCUAUCAGUGUUUGAUUUUUUUUUUUAAUUGCCAUUACAGCCUGCUCCUACAUCGUUUUGUGAUUAAAAUCUUAUGACUGACGCAGAGAGACGUGAAGUGAUACCAGUUGCGCAAACGAACAUUUGCAAAGACAGAAUGACUGUUGUCUUUAGAGGGAAUUGUCUGACACGUCCCUUGAAAUUCUGCGAAUGUGCAGAGCUUGAGUUGAUCUGUAUUUUGACAGAAUCCUCAAGUAGCACUGGGUUGCCAGUCACAUCAGCAGCUAGGGCUAAGGAAUAUGUCCUGUGAAAGGCUUUAUUAAUAAUGUUUUUAUUUUUGCGCAAUCUCAUAGUCGCUGUGAAGUCAUGAUGUUCUCUGCUAUCUCCGGCAACACUUUACAGCAAUUCUUUCACUGUGUGCCUUGUAGCCAUGGUCUGGAAUCCUGGCUGUUGCUGUCAUUGUUUUGAGUCCUGACCAUGCAACACUCUCAAUCGCUGCUGGUUGGGACAGUUUUGCCCUUUUCGUGGCGACAGAUCUGGUGCACCUCCUCCACCCCCAGCUGCUGCCAAUGGAUUCUACACCAACAUGAACAUACGUGUUUCUGUAAUGCAUUUUGCAUUUUUACUUGCCACCAUUGCUGACUAGUAAAUUCUGUGCUUCCAAAUUAUGCAGGUGUGAUCUCUAUUCCGUAUUUAAAGAUAUGUGAAGUGUAACUGUUCUCAUUAACUGACAAGUAAAAAGCUUAAUUGUCUCUGCCAUAGUAUCACAUCUUAUUAAUUGGCUUUGUAGUAAGCAAUAUUUUUUCUAACCAAGGCUGUGACGAAGUGAAAGAGAGGAAUCUUCAAGUAGCAUUUUUGUUUCUACAUUACGUUUUUAUAUUUAUAAUUAACAUUUAGUGGUUCAAUAACUCACCAGCUUCAUUUUUAUGCCCCCCCAAAAGUUCAUAACUUGAUAGACUAAUUCAGAAAUAAAGGUUAGAGCUGAAUUGUAGGCAAACUGCCACUAUGGGGCGAGGACAGAGGUGAAACGUCAUAGGUCUGAACAUAAGCUGUAAGGGUGUAUGUCUGCAAAUUCCUGCACUUGAAGAAUUUAGAGAACGCUUUAUUUUCAAAAUGGAGGGUGUUUUUGGUCUGAUCCAUUUCUCACAUCUGACAUUUUCCACUGAAUGAACAUGCUACU